CACUGUCACUUCAUCGCUUCCUUCAAACAUUCGAGCCAUCAUCCACUUUAACUCUGAUCUGCAUUCAAGGCGAUCAAGUCAGACAAGUCUGGCCUCGACGUCGGCGCUUUCACUAAAAAUUUCGUCGAAGAGACAUUGCCUAACAGCUUCCGCGUUCAGAUCCGUGUCGAAGUCACAUCCUUGCCUGCUAGCGCCCCCCUCCCCCUCCGCCCCUCUCCUUGUGGGUGGAUCGCAAUCGUCGCUGGGAGGUCGAGAUCGAUACGCAGCGCUUGCAACGGAGCGUGAUCAGACACGCCAGAUAUCAGCUGCGCCGGUGCCGGACGGGAUCCUUGACCUCGACGUGUCGGUUUGGUAGCAAGGGAUCAGGCGGUCGAGUGGGGGUAAUGCACCGCACCUACAACUUUCACCAAUAAACCAUUUCUGCGCAAGCCAUCCCCCCUUUUCCCAACAUGGCUGCUUCGGAUCGACUAUUGGGCGGUUUGCUGCUGCUCAUCGCAGGUCUCGUCUUCACAUACUACACCAUCUGGACAUUCAUCGUGCCCUUCUUUCCAUCCUCUUCACCUCUGCAGCAAAUCUUUCCAGAUCGAGUCUGGGCAAUCAGACUUCCAGCGCUCAUCUUGGUCUUGGGAUUAGCGGGCGUAGGAAGUUUUGUGGGCUUGGUGAUGCAGAAGGAAGCUAGAAAGAGGGCAGAGAAGGAGGCUAGGAGGAACAAUUGAAGGCUUUUUUUUUGUUUCCACACCCCUACCCCCGAGCUACGAGGCCUUGUUGCUCACGGAAUACUCGAGUUCGACAUUGGGACUUUUCCCAGGCACGUCAUGUGGAGAACAAAUUUGCCAUACAUGACAGGCCAAGGAACUCUCGCUGCGCGUCAAUUCGAACGUGCUGUGCCGAAUCAUGGACAAUCAGGCCUCUAGAGACGUAAAGGCAAUCCAAGCACACGAGAGUUUCGCUCGAUAGUUGCCAUUUCAUCAGAUGGAAAGAGGCAUUCGAGUACGCGAGACAGGAUGACAUGCAGGACGAGCGAAUAAGACAGACCAUGGGGACAGUGAGUCGAAGGGCGCACAGGACGUCGGCGGCAGG